AUGUUCAAUUUUCUUAUCAAUGGCGGAAGGUACGAAAGUGAGGAGCAUGUACACAAGCAUGAUUCUCAUCCGGACCACUUGACAGUAUGCAAUAUACGCGCGAACUGUUUAAGCCCGAAUAAUUUGUUGCUGAAGAAUGCAACUGUUCAAAUGAUGGACAAGCCCAAAAAAGACGAAGUUGUCGAAGCUAGUGCAAACACGCCCGUCAUCGUUGAAGAUCCGGAAGAGCAAAAAGCUGUUCAACCAAAACAAAAAGUUACGGCCUGGAGAACAAGCUUAGAAGUUGAUACAAUCGCACCCGCGGAACGCAGUGAGGAGCCGCACGGAGCCGCAUUUUCUAACACUCAGAAACGAGGUAUAAAAUCAAAUUAA